CACCCCAUCGUGCUACGCCGGGUAAGUUACGCUUCGGGCAAGAAACAGCAUGCCGCAGCUUCUCCCCAUCCUCCUCUACGCCGGCUGCUUCAUCCUCUCCUUGCCGUUCCAUGCUCCUCGACGUGUAGCCAUGGCGUCGCCGCCCAUCUCCUUCAGCUUCGACUUCACCAACAAGACCUCAUACAACUCACAAGACCUCCUUGUCCAGGGUGACGCGCGUGUGGGCGGCAGCAUGGUCGACCUCACAUGCAACACCGUGGACACGUCGAAGAUGCUUAACUGUAUGGGGCGGGUGUCGUACGGGCGCCCGGUGCCUUUCUACGACACCGACACCGGCGAGGCGGCGAGCUUCAACACACACUUCACCUUCAAGAUCACGCUCGUGCCUCGACGCAGCAAAGGGGACGGCAUGGCUUUCUUCCUCGCCAGCUACCCGCCACCGUCAGUACUGCCGCCGGACUCGUAUGGCGGCGCCUUCGGCCUUAUGCCAGGUAGGUCGUGGCAGGCAUCCGGCGAGAAUCGCUUCGUCGCUGUCGAGUUCGACACGUACAACAACACCGACUACGAACCCCGGCAAACCAUGGACCACAUCGGUAUCGACCUCAACUCCGUCAAAGACUCGGUUAACACGACGAACCUGCCAGAGUUCAGCCUGAAUGGGACCAUGACGGCGUCCAUCAAUUUUAACGGCAGCAGCAGGAUGCUGGUCGCUAGACUCUACUUCGUCGACCGCCCUUCCAUGAAACCGGUUGAAGUCAGCGCGCAGCUGCCCCAGCUGGACACGUUACUCACGCCGGAGGUGACGGUGGGGUUCUCUGCGGCCACCGGCGCAGGCAUGGAGCUUCAUCAGAUACUGUCAUGGUCCUUUAACUCCACGCUUGCUCCCAAGGAACAACCAAAAUCCAUAGGUCUAAUUGCGGCCGCGAUAGCUGGAGGAGCUUCUGCGUUCCUGCUCGUCAUAUGGUUUAUUCUGUCAUGGCUUAUGUCGAAACGAGGACACAAUUCCCUCAUGGUUUCCGGUGCUGGCCCUAAGCAAUUCCAGUACAAUGAUUUGGCUAAAGCAACGAACAACUUCUCCAGCGACAGGAAGCUCGGAGAGGGCGGCUUUGGCGCGGUGUACCAUGGGACAUGUUUUAAGGUCGAUAAUGACGGGGACGAGCAUGAUGUUGCUGUCAAGGAGAUCUUGAAGGGAUCCAAAGAAGGAACCAAGGCCUUCCUUGCGGAACUAAACACCAUUAGCAGGACGAAGCACAAGAAUCUGGUCAAGCUGGAAGGUUGGUGUUGUUACAGGGGCAGGAGUAGAUGGGACUGGAUGUGCUGGUGCUGUAGCCUGAAACAGCUGGAUGAUCACAAACUCUUCCUCGUCUACGAACUGAUGCCUCAGGGUGAUCUCGACCAUCACCUGCAUAAAAAGGAUGUCGCUCUGACAUGGCCAACCAGGUACAAAAUAGUGAAGGAGCUAGGAUCCGCUCUUGUCUACCUGCACCACGAGUGCGAGCCAUACAUCCUGCAUAGAGAUAUCAAGCCCGGCAACAUACUCCUGGAUAACCAUUACAAUGCCAAGAUCGCUGACUUCGGGCUGUCGAGGAUCGCCAACAAAAACAAGUCCACGCUGGUGACCACCGCCAUAGGGACCCAUGAGUACAUGGAUCCCAAGUUACGAAUAGAUGGUGAUGUCAAGUUCGAUAGGAGCUCCGACGUAUAUAGCUUCGGACUCGUGCUGUUGGAGAUCGUCUGCGGGCGGCACAACUCUAGGAACGAAGUCUGGGAUCUCUAUAGAAGAUACCAAGGGGAGGAGAUGAAGAUGGUGGAGGCCGCUGCUGAUGAGCGGUUGGGAGGCGACUUCCAUAAGGUGCAGAUGCAGCGCGUGCUUGUCGUGGGCCUCUGGUGUUCUCUUCCUCAUAGUGCGCAGCGACCAUCCAUGGAGGAAGCAUUGCGCCUCUUGGAACACGACGAGCUGCCUGACCUUACAUUGUCUGCCACCGCCGCUUCUACUAUUUAAUAAUCCGAUGGUCUUUUA